AUGGAGGCCCUCUCCGGGGCUGCCAGCGGCAUAGCCGUGGUUUCGCUGGCAAUACAACUCAUCCAGUCCGUCGCACUCAUACGAGAGUUCAUAAAAGACGUCAAAGGCGCGUCGAAAGAGCUGCACCGGCUCGUGGGCAAAUUGGAGCUGCUUAACGCGUUGCUAGAGAAUGUGCAAAAGGUUCUGGAGCAACAGUCAUCUCUCUCAGGAACGCACUUCCCAGCACCUUCGAUGGCAAUCUUCAAUUGUCUUCAAGGCUGCGAAGAUUCUAUACAGCCGCUUGUGAAUAUCGUAAAGAAACUCAGUCUGCCGCAAUCCCAGUCCGGCUCAUCCACAGCUAGGCUUAAGAGCGAGAUCAAGCUUGGAUUGAAGACAAAGGAAAUCGCUACUCUUGAGACUCGAAUACAACAUGACAUCGAUCUUCUUACUAAUAGCCUUUCGAUAAACCAGAGCGGCAUCUUGUAA